AUGUGGCACGAGGCCCGCAAGCAUGAGCGCAAGCUGCGGGGGAUGAUGGUGGACUACAAGAAGCGAGCGGAGCGCCGCAGAGAGUACUACGAGAAGAUCAAAAAGGACCCAGCCCAGUUUCUCCAGGUGCAUGGCCGGGCCUGCAAGGUCCACCUGGACUCAGCUGUUGCGUUGGCCGCCGAGAGCCCCGUCAAUAUGAUGCCCUGGCAGGGGGACACGAACAACAUGAUCGACCGCUUUGACGUGCGGGCACACCUGGACUAUAUCCCUAUGUACACCCCACCCCUGCUGACCCCCAUCUCCCCUGAGCAGGACUCUGACGAGAGAAGGUGUAACUACGAGCGGUACCGAGGCCUGGUGCAGAAUGACUUUGCCGGCAUCUCAGAGGAGCAGUGUCUCUACCAGAUCUACAUUGAUGAGCUGUACGGGGGACUCCAGAAGCCAAAUGAAGAUGAGAAAAAGAAGCUGGCAGAGAAAAAAGCCUCCAUCGGCUACACGUACGAGGACAGCACCGUGGCUGAGCUUGAGAACUCCAUGGAGAAGCGCGGGGAUGAAGAAGACUCCGAGGAAGACAGCAACACAGACGAGGAUGAAGUCAUCCCCGAUAUCGAUGUGGAAGUGGAUGUAGAUGAGCUGAACCAGGAGCAGGUGGCCGACCUGAACAAGCAGGCAACCACAUACGGCAUGGCGGAGGGGGACUUUGUCAGGAUGUUGCGGAAGGACAAGGAGGAGGCAGAAGCUAUUAAAAACGCCAAAGCCCUGGAGGAGGAAAAGGCGAUGUACUCGGGCCGUCGUUCCCGCCGCCAGAGGAGGGAGUUCAGGGAGAAACGCUUGAAAGGGAGGAAGAUCAGCCCACCCAGCUAUGCACGGAGAGACAGCCCCACGUAUGAUCCCUACAAACGCUCCCCCUCGGAGUCCACCUCUGAAUCCCGCUCCCAUUCCCGCACCCCAUCUCCUGGCCACGAGGAGAAGAUCACCUUCAUCACCAGCUUUGGCGGCAGCGAUGAGGAAGCGGCAGCGGCAUCUGCACAAGCUGGCGGUGUCCCUGGAAAAGCCACAGUGCUUGGCAAACAGCGCUCCGCCCCAGGGCAGCCAGGCAGUGCUGCGGCAGGUCAUAGCACCUCGUCCCGGAGACGCUCCUCAUCCUCCUCCACCUCCCUGUCCUCCUCCUCGUCCUCCAGCUCCCGCUCUAGCUCCCGCUCACACCGAGGCAGUGGCUAA